GCUGGCUCUCAAGUCGUCAUCCAACUCUAGUGGAGAUCGCAGUGUCCCAAGUCUGAGACGGAGAAAGAAAGAAAGGAGGAGAAAUGACGGUGUUUCACUUCUUCAACUGCGCGAUUCUGACGUUUGGCCCUCACGCCGUCUACUACUCCGCCACCCCCCUAUCGGAGUACGAUACACUUGGGACCUCUGUCAAAGCAGCUCUUGUUUAUCUGGGAACAGCUUUAGUGAAGCUCGUUUGUCUGGCCACUUUUCUGAAGGUAUCCGACAAUGAAAGCUUCGAUCCAUAUCAGGAAUUUUUGAAAGCUCUGAUUGGUUUUAUAGACGUUGCUGGCCUUUACUUUGCUUUGACUCAGUUGACCCACAGGAAUAUCUCUCAAAAUCAUAAAUUCCAAGCAGUGGGACUUGGAUGGGCUUUUGCUGAUUCCGUUCUCCAUAGAUUGGCACCGCUGUGGGUGGGUGCUAGAGGACUAGAAUUUACCUGGGAUUACAUUCUUCAAGGCCUUGAAGCAAAUGCCAAUCUGGUCUUGAGCAUCUCCCUUGCUGCAUUGGGCUCUUUGAUGUGGCUGCGGAAAAACAAGCCUAAGACGCUGAUUCCUAUAAUAUACACCUGUGCAGGGAUCGUGGCAACCAUGCCAUCUAUCACAAGCUAUCUGAGGCGAGGCCUGGGUUGGCACUUUCCAGAGGUUGUAGGGUUUCAACUCUUUACCUCUCUGGUCAUGGCCUUCAUCAGUUGGCAGCUCUUUGCCGCAUGUCAGAGACCUUCUGCCUGAAGCAACCAAUCAUAAGCCCCAACACUGGACUAUCAGUCAGCAAAGGUCUUUUGGAUCAGAAUAUCCUCCAUUCUCCUUCGUAUGGUUACCGUGUGGUUUCAUUUUUUUAGAUCAUUGAUAUGUAGAGAUUCUUUUUUAUAUCUAAUUUUGAUCAGCGGACCCUUACUCACAUUGCAAACUGAGAGAGUAUUCAGUAUAACAUCAAAUCAGUUUCUAUGGGUGAACUUGUCUGGAGUUUCAAUGGAAGUUGAGAUAAGUGGGUUUAUAUCUCAUAUUUCAACUUUUGUGAAUUUUGCAACACACAUCCAAACCCGAAUUUUAUUUGUCUAA